UCUGAUUUGACAAUUUUAUAACCUCUAAUUUCGAAGUGGGUGUGUUGUUUUUAUCAGUUAAAUAUCCUCUUUAAAAAUGGCAAAAAAUACGUCCAGUUCAGCCUUCAGAAAAAUAGAUGUGGAUCAGUAUUCCGAAAAUAAUUUCAAAGAAGACGAAACAGACUCGGGAGGUUUGGUCGGACCCGAUGAGAACGAAGUGAACUCUUUAAUGCAAAAAGGUAAAUUAAUAGAUGCCUUAAAAGUGCUAUUGGUAAAUGCUCCUGUAGGAAUAAAAAACCAACAGAUAAAGGAAAACGCCUUGAAUCUUACCCUCAGAGUGCUUCUUGCAAUAAAACCAUCACAGAUAGAAGAUGCAGUAAAUUCUCUCGAUACAAAUUUAAUGGACAUUUUAAUGAAAUACAUUUAUAAAGGAUUCGAAUAUCCAUCGGAAGGAAGUAGUGGACAUUUGCUGUUGUGGCACGAGAAAAUAUAUAAUGUCGGUGGAGUUGGUUGCAUCGUACGGGUUUUAUCAGAUACAAGACGAGUUUGAUUGUGUGAAGGUUAAUGAAACACAUAAGUUAUUACUGCACAUAUUUGUUACAAAACUUAUAUCAUACGUCCUCUUUGAAGAAAUCCACUAUCAAGUAACGUAAUCUUUACUGGGUUUAGAAAAAUAGUCGCUCUCUUUUGGAUGGCUAUCAAAAUAGUGGUAUAAAAUAAUUGUAUAUUUGGGGUUUCAAAAGGAAGCGAGUAUUAAUUAGAGACGUUUUAAGUUAAAAACAAGUGUUUUUUUAAAUUUUUUAUUUUGAAAGCAUUUAAAAUAAUGUAACAAAUCACCUUAUAUAAGUAUUGUUUGAUUAAUACAGUCUUAAACGUUUAUAAA